AUGAGUGGGACUUCUAAGAGCAUCAAAAAGAGAGAGAGGGUUGUUAUCACCGAAAAGCUGCUGCUGUGGCCAGAGAGGACAACAGAAAUCGGGCGGUUAAUUAGUUCUUAUUUGGAAAAGAAGAACAAUUUGGAGGACCACACAGUGCAUCUGCUUUUCUCUGCCAACCGCUGGGAACACGUGCCAUUGAUUAAAGAGAAAUUAAAACAAGGUGUCACUCUAGUGGUAGACAGAUAUGCCUUUUCUGGGGUGGCCUUCACAAGUGCCAAAGAGAACUUUUCCCUGGACUGGUGCAAACAGCCUGAUGUUGGGCUUCCAAAGCCAGAUUUGAUCCUGUUUCUUCAGCUGAGCAUGUCAGAAGCAGCAAAACGUGGGGGCUUUGGAAAUGAGCGUUAUGAGAACAGUUCCUUCCAGGAGAAGGUACUACAGCACUUCUACAACCUCAUGAAGGAUGAGACUCUAAACUGGAAGGCAAUUGAUGCUUCAAAGAGCGUAGAGGAUUUGCACAAUGAAAUUAAGUCUGUUGCAGAGGAGACCAUGCAGAAGGCUCAGAAUAAACCAAUAGGAGAGCUCUGGAAAUAGGCUUGGGUUCUCUCUCCACUCCUUCCCAUAGAAUGAAUCUCUGGAUACCUUGCUCCAGGUCUCAGGAAAGGGGAAACAUCCUAUUUCAGUCUUCUUCAGCUGGAUGACUCUAUUGUAUUGUCUCAUACUAGCUGUGGUAUAGGUCACAGAGUGAUGUUUUACAGAUCUGAGAUGUGAUGCUGGAGUCCUUGUUUUACCCAUUUCUUCUUUCUAUAUUACAUCUUACAAGCCCUCCUCCUAAUGUGUUUCCUUGUGAACCAGUUCUUGGGCUGGUAUGAUGCUGACCAAAAAAAAAAACAUUAAACAAGAAGGAUUUUUCCGCACUCGACAUUGCAGAGAAUUGCCAUGUUCCUGAGUCCUGUGCCCACUGGACUUCUAAUAAUUUAUAUCAUUUUCUAUCCCACUCCUAAAACUCCCCUAUGUAGAAAUUUUGCUAAUAAGUGCAUUUUUAGUUUCCCUCUUCCCCCUCCCCUUUUUCUCGCUAUGACUACAUGGAAUAUUUAUAUCCAACAGGCUGGUUUAAAAGCCCACUGUGUGAGAAAGGAAAGUUGGUCCAGUGGGUCAGGUUUCAGGACCAUGUGGGACCUUAGUUCAGUAACCUGCUUUGUGGUAGACUGUAUGUGGCCUGGGACAAGUCAGUCAGUCUCUAUGGAUCUCAGUCCCUCAGCUCUUGUGUGGGAGUGAUACAGAGGAGUGUUGUGAGGAUAAACUCAUGAAAUACCCUUACCUUAGGGAGAGGAGAGGGCUGCCUAAGAACCUGCCACAGACUCCACUGGUUUAGAGGAGAACUGGUUUGAAAGGUGAGUUGCACAAUGCAAACACCCAUUUUAAAGAAAUUCUAGAUACACAUCUAGGACUAGUCAGUAGGCCUGAGAUGGUGCUCUUGUUUUCCAACCCCUGCUGUCCAACUUCUGGACCUUUCUCAGUGUCCAGCGCCCGAGCACAUAUUACUAUAUCGAGCCUACAGGGAGUGAUGUUUCUGGCCUGUUGCCUCUUGGGUUCUUGCAUCAAGUAAGAAAUAGCAGCUAGGAGUCUUGAUUCCAUGUAAAAUUCAGGUGUUGGCAGGAUUUUGGUUUCUGUAUUUAUGGGUCCUUGUAAAAUAGUUUCUUGGGCAAAGUUGGCUUCUUUUAUUUAUGCUGCAUUUUUAGUACAUCAUGGUUCCCUUUUUUGAUUGAAUGGUUGUGAUGAUAAAGCUUGAAAAGAGCUCAUUUUUUAUGAAGGGGAAUAUAGCGCCUAACCAUGAUUCUCUGUCACCUCAGCUAUCAAAUGAUUCUUUUUGCUUCAGAAAAACAAGGGUUGAAUAGCUUCUCAGCCCAGCGGCCACAGAAAUUUAGCUGGGAGUAUCUGAAGUUUAGGUGAGACUCUAUUUCCUUGAUGCAAAAUAAGGGGGAGGGGAGAGGAAAUCAGGCAAACCUCUGCUUUUAUUGGUAAUAUUUCUGUAAGUGUGAAGGCAAAUCCAUCUUCCCUUUGAUAUUCACCUUACAUUACUAUUGGGAAACUAUAGUAAAACACGUUUUCUACCUUUAAAAGUUUAGUAUUGAGAGGUAUUGGCAAUGAUGUUGCUAUGGUUCCAGGGCCUCGGGAGAGCAUAGUUCACUUCCCAGCCUUUCGGUAAACGCCUUGAAUUCAGGCUAGCUGCUUCAUUGAUCUCUGCCUCAGUUACCAAUCUGCAAAAUAAGAACACUACUUUCUCCCUGGGCUUUUGGGAGGUCAAGACUCAUAGCCAGGAAGAAUCAAUUCACAUGGUGAAGGGGCUCCAUUAACACCCAGAUAUGCAUUGUUUUGUAGUGACAAGUGAAGAAUGUUAAAUAUGCUAAAAUAAAGGCUUAAUAAUAAAAA